AUGUCAGACGUCGGCAAAACUCGGCCUCCAUCGGGGGAGUGGUUGAUGUUUGACUGUCUUCUGCAGCGGCUGUAUGGGCGCUUCGUACCAACGGCACUGCCUCCAGCCGGGACUUUCGACGGCCAAACUGUGCUUAUUGUAGGCGGUACCAGAGGCCUUGGACUGGCGGCUGCCGUGCACUUUGCGACCCUUGGUGCUAAUGUGAUUAUCACAUAUCGCAAAUUGUCCGGUGGCGAAGCCGCGAAACGUCACAUUGAGGAAGCGGUUGGACCCUCUCUCAAAGGCAAGAUUUCAUGCCUGGAGCUGGACUUGGAAAAUUACGACUCGUGCACCAAUUUCAUGUCCAAGCUUAGGGCCAGUCUGCCUGGGCCCGCUGCGCUGGACGUGGCGAUUGUGAGCAGCGGCAUUAUCAACUCCCACUGGGAGGAGAGUCCCACAGGGUGGGAGAGAACAAUUCAGAUUAACACCAUCGGCUCAACUCUCAUCGGCUUGCUUCUGCUUGGCUGGAUGCGUGAAGGCCGGGAUGAUCGAGAAUCGCCUUCACGCAUGAUUUUCCUCUCCUCGCGUGAGCACCUCUACCCCAACAUGGAUGAGCUCACCAAAUGGUCGCAGCAUGAGCACGGGAUACUGCGACAGGUAUGUUGCCAGGAGAACUGGCCAGGCAGCUUUUGGGAAGCCGAGCCCAACUACGCCAUCAGCAAGCUUCUAUUAAUGUACACGAUCGAGGAAAUCGCCAGAAUGGCACGAGGACCGGAUGGCGACCCCUUUGUUAUCGUCAAUAGUGUGUGCCCCGGAAUGACAUAUACCGAAAUGGCUCUACCGAUUGCCUCCAGAUCGUGGUUCCAUAAUCUCUGCGUCUACCUAACAAAUCUCAUCACUGCCAAGACACCGGACUCAGGUGCCAGAAUCAUUGUGCAGACUGCAGUGAAACCGAAAGAGUAUCAUGGAAGCUGCCUCUACCAUCACCAAUGA